UAUAUUAUUUACUUUACAUUUAACACUCAACAUAAAAAAAAUUCGCACCUUUCCGAACGAAACGCAACUUGACAGCUUGAUGAAAAAAAAAAGACUAAAGCGCGCGAAUCGCAUAUCACUCAGCUGAUUCAUAAUCUCUGCCUACCUUAAACAUUCUAGUUAAAACCCGCUUUCCGACACCGAAAAACGUGUAUCGCAGUGAAAUAUCGCGUAUGACAAUCAUUUCCGAGUGUUCGCACGAGAAAUUGACCUUAAAAUUCGGUUUAAAGCAGUUCUCAUAACCUUAAAAACUUUCGAUGUCUUUUGUUAUCUUCGCUGAGAAUUAAAAUACAAUAACGCUAGGUAGGACAGUGGAGAAGGGUUUAGGAGCCUGAUCACUGACACGUUCACCAUCAACAGCGGCAACAGCGCUAGCAAGCGGCGGCGAGAUGAAGCGCUCCUGACCAGCUUCAAGUAUAAGAUGACCCCGCACAGCCUCAACCUGUCCCCCAAGUCCCCGACGCCACCCAAACGGAGGUUGGGAUCUAAAGAGAACUGCUCGCCUAAUAUUGGACUGUCAUACGAAAACAGGAUAGAAUCAAGAGACUUCUCACACACCCCAAAAGCUUUCAAAAGUCAACACACAUAUGAGAACCAAAAGUCACCAUUCAAUCCAACACCAAGAAAAGUUCUAGGAGAACUCCAGAAUUCCUCAUUUAAUCCGACACCAAGAAAGGUUCUUGGAGAACUUCAGAACUUCUCACCAAAAUUCACCCCGACAUCUUCUCCGGCACCAAAAAGAGACUUAAGCUCUCUCACCCGUUCUCCGCUCUUUAAGCUGCUGGAUACACCAGUGUUUGAGUCUCCGGUGAGCAGCCAGCGGUCUUUUAAGAAGAUUACCAGGAUCUUUGAGGAGCGGAGUCGGUUCAAGAUGGAGAAUGUGGAGAAGUUUGAGGAGGAAACUAGGGCUCCUUUCCAGUUUGAGCAGGAGAACUGGACUGCUACUAAGUUGGACUUCACCGACGUCCUCCAGACGUCAUUCAAAGAAGACUUUAAGACUGAAGAUACUUUUGUGCCAGAAAAAGAAGAGUUAGAUCCAGAAUUCGACACCCUCCACGAUUUAGAGGAAGAAUUUGAUAACGACACAUUCGAGCAAUGUAAUAAGUAUGAAAUUAUCUCCACCGAUAGCCCGGAUAUCAUAUCCAGAGGCAGAAAUCCUUCGAACAGGAAAAUAAAUGGAAGUUUCGUCUUCGGAGCACCUUUAGCGGACACCGAACAGUCCACAUCUUUCAACCGGCCUGCGAGAGCCUUAAACUUCGAGGAUAGUUUCGAAUUCCCAUCACCGGUCAUCAAGAAAAGCUCAAGCUCCGGUUCGGUUAAAAAAUCUCUCAAAUUCAGCGAGACACCUACGAAGGACUCCAUGAAGCGGAUAUUCACUUCGGAAAGCACUACUUCGAUGGAAAGUGGAUUUGUAUCAGAAUUCGAUGAUCAACUUUUAGAUAUCGAAGAAUCGAAUUCUCCUAAAGUUGCUAAUUUUGAUAAUUUGCUAUCGGGACAAAUUAAGAAUAAUGUUAUAAGUAAUGCAAAACAGCCGUUGUAUAGGAGCAAAAGUUUUAACCCGGCUCAGUCGAAAGCGAGGGUUUCUCUGCUGUCGAUAUUGGAGUCUCCGCAGAAGAGGAGUCAGAAGAGGAGUGAACCGGUGGAGGGGGGGGAGAGCAAGAGGAGGAAGUGCGAGGAAGUCAGGCCGGUGCUGCAGCGGUGCUUCUCUGAGAAUAAUGCUUCCAUAAUGUCCGCUUUGGACCGAUCGGAUGUGAACCCGGACCUGAUCGGGGACUUCAGCCAGCCCUUCGCGCUGCCCCUGACCCGCGGCAACCACUCGGACCUCAAGAGCAUCUCGUGCGACACGCUGGCCGGCCUGCUGCGCGGGGACUUCCAGAACGUGCCCGACUUCCAGGUGAUCGACUGCCGCUACCCGUACGAGUUCGAGGGCGGCCACAUCGCCGGGGCACAGAACCUGUACACCCCCACACAGAUCCUGGCGCUGGUGCAGGGGCCGCGGCCGCAGGGCAAGGUGCUCGUCUUCCACUGCGAGUUUUCCCUCGAGAGAGGACCUAAGCUCUCCCGCUUCCUCCGCUCCUCUGACCGCGAGAAGAACAAAGAGAACUACCCCUCCCUCCACUACCCCGAGGUGUACCUCCUGCACGACGGCUACCGCGCCUUCUUCCAGCGCCACCCGGACCUCUGCUCGCCCGCCGGCUACACCGCCAUGCUGGACCCGAGGCACAGGGACCUGCUGAGGCAACACCGCUCUGUGCAGCAGCCCUCGUCUUCUACGCAUCACAGAAGGAAUCGGCUGCUGUUUUAGAGGAUAAAAAAGCUUGGUCUACUGGAAAGAGCGGUGGUCUACUGAAAAGACCGAUGGUCUACUGGAAAGACCGACGGUAUUUUGUUAAGACUAGCUUUUUUGCAUUUAGUCUACGCGAAAAACCCCCGGUCUUCUGUAAAGUCUCGCUUUCCUAGCUUCGUUUACUUGAAAAAUCUACGAUCGACUGCAGUACUAUUGAAGUUUGAUCAUCUGAAAUACUAAACGAUGAUGGUCUACUGGAAAGACCUGAGGUCUAUUAAUAGCAUGAGACAUUCAAGUCCGUGUACGAGUCCUAUACAUUUACUGAGGAAGCAGAGGUCCUAGCCAAGUUGACAAUAGUUGACAGAAAACGCCAAUCUAGAUCAACAUACAAAUUUAGUUCUCAUUUUAAAACUAUGCGUUGGAUUGUAAUGAAACAUUGCACAUACAGACACACAUACAUACACACACACACACAUAUAGACACAUAUACAUGAGGUAUAUAAUAUCCCUUAAUUAGUUUAUAUAGCUCCAGCUUAUCAAACAAACGAAAUGGAGCAAAAACAAGUUUUUUUUAUGAAAAACUUAAAUUCGAUGUAUUUUUUUGACUAUGGUAUGUGAAGCUACAUAAACUGAUUACAGGACUAGAUAUACGUUAUCCUAUUGUAUGUACAAAGUUUCAGAGCAAUCUAGCUAGCCGUUUUAGAAUGAGAGCGUCACUACGUUUGUAUGGAGAACCGAGCUAGCUGCGGAUUCUUAAAUAAUGUAUGGAAAUAGUCAUAUAACAUAGUAGCAUCUUUCAUCCUGAUUUUUCUAUACGUUUGGCGUUUCUCGAUUGUAAUAUUGGCUAGGCUUCUUUGUCGCUAAACCAACUAUAAAUCAUUGAAAAAGGCCUGAUUUUAGAGUAUUCGUUGCGUGGUCUAUUGGAAAGACUGGUCUUCUGAAUAGACCGUUGGUCUUUUCAGUAGACCAUGGUCUUUUGAAAAACUAAAGAUUUGGUUAAAAGUAAUACGAGUACCGCUAUAAAUUCCUCUAAUAUAACACUAAAUUUAAUUUCUAAUUUGUAAAUACGGAAAAUGCCAUAUUAUUGUUAAAAACUAAGUUUUUAGUACAAAAAUAGGCUUAAAAAGUAUAUCCCACCUAUCUUAGAUACGCCAUAGUUUAAGUUUUCAUCAAAGAGAAUUUGAAAUAGAGGUGGAUUGUCAAUGAAAACUUUGUAGCCACAGUAAAUUUACUGCCAUCUUUUGACACAUGAUUCAAACUUUUAGAACGCCAUUUGACUAUAAUACUUAUUCUUUCACUGAUAUGUGUUAAAUUUGUUAAAUGUCAUAAAGUGGCGCCAUCUAAUAGAUCAAAGGCCAAAGGUAUGGCGGCAUCGUUUCGAGCGAUGGCGCCACAAGCUUUGGGUUAUGCCCGGUAAGAUGGCGCCACUUUUUGAUAUUUAACAAAUUUAAAACAUAUCAGUGAAAGAAUAAGGAUCAAAGUAAAAUGGCGUUUAAAAGUUUUAAUCAUGUGUCGAAAGAUGGCAGUAAAUUUACUGUGGCUACAAAGUUUUCUUUGACAAUCCACCUCUAUUUCAAAUUCUCUUUGAUUUUCAUUUGACGCAAUAUAGUUGUAGUUUAGGAAAAUCGGGAAUUUGUCCAAUUCAAAUUAAACAUAUCCCUAUUUGUAUGAAACUUACAUACAUACAAAUUGUCGGAAUUGUUUAUUUGAAUGUCCUAUCCAAACCUUUCAAUUGGAAACCUUGAUUAGAAAUUUGUGUGAUAUUAUAAAAAUGACACAGACUGACGUUAGUGUGGAAGUGCCACAAAGGCAUGUGCACACACUGACACGUGCGCAGCCGUGCACGCACACGUCACGCAAGCAGUGUGCCGACUCUCAUAAGGAUCUGUAUAUUACAACGCCACGCGCGCGUCUGCGCACACGCAUCCAGUGUGCACAGGCUUUUAAAACAUUCACUGCCAAGAACACUAUAGUCAGUUUAUUAAGCAUUAUGAUGCGUCUUUUAUUGAAAAACACUUUUGAAAAAUAAAUCACGCUAAAUAUGUAACAAUUAAAAAUCGUAUACGAUAUUUUACAAACUUUUGCUUUCAUAUGUAAUAGUUACUGAUUUUUAAAAAGCGUUUUUCGAUUAAAAGACAUGUCAUGAUUUUUUACCUUUUUCAUAAUACUAAAAAAACAGGCGCUUGGAACGUCACAUUUUCAGAGUAAUUUGACUUUUUCGCAUUACCACAAAAACUGCAGAGUUAGCAUGGGCGGACUACGCUACAACCUCCAUAUGUAUUCCCAUCUUAAAGGCCCGCACUUUUUUAUACCACGUCGGUGGCAAACAAGCAUACCCGCCUGAUGGUAAGCAGUCACCGUAGCCUAUGGACCUGACCUGACCCUUUAAAAACGUGUACACACCUUUAUUGAAGAACCCCAUACUGUAUCCCUAAUUGCACGGUUGUGUCGCCAUCUUACCGGGUAUCGGUUAAAGGUUGUUGGGCCAAUUUUUGAUAUUUAACUUUAACACGUGUAAGUGAAAUAAUAAGGAUCAAAGUCAAAUGGCAUUCUAAAAGUUUUAAUCAUGUAUCGAAAGAUGGCAGUAAAUUUACUGUGGCUACAAAGUAUGGAGUGUGGAAUUAAAAGGAGUGAUCUCUUAUGGUAGAACUGUUGCAAAAGUGUCCAGCUGUCAGCUAUAAAUAAUAGUUCCAAAUCUCUCCAGAGUAGCGCUAGAGUAGCUAAGAACCUAGGCGCUAUUGACGGAGUGAAGUGCGCUGUCUAUGAUUUGAUUUUUUUGUUCAAGUAUUCUAGGUAUUGUAGCGCCACCUAUUUAAGGUUUUUUUGAUGACACUUUUUGGUACAUGGAGAUUUAUUUCCUUACCUCCAGGUACUACAAAGUUUUCUUUGACAAUCCACCUCUAUUUCAAAUGCUCUUAGCUAAAAGCAACUAUCGAGCAUCGUCUUUGCCAAUAGUGAAGUUAUAAAUUGGAUAGAAGUAUUUUAAAAGUAUUCAUAGGAAUUACACAAUUUUCUGCGCAAGGUUUUACCAACUCCCAUCCCUUCCCUUAUAUUCGUAUAGGUGAAAAGCUUUAAUAAAAAAAUGUGCCGUUUUAAAACCAAGAAUAACUGUAAAUAAAUAGUUUUAGAAAUUAUGCUAUUUGUGUUUCAAGUAUAAGUUAUCUUCAAUUUGUUUGCAAUGGUUAUAUUUAUUUAAAAUUGACACUACGGUUUCGUACCCAAAGGGAAAACGGGACCCUAUUACUAAGACUCCACUGUCCAUCUGUCUGUAUUUCUGUCACCAGGCUUUAUCUCAUGAACCGUGACAGCUAGACAGUUUAAAUUUUCACAGAUGAUGUAUCUCCAUUGCCGCUAUAACAACAAGUACUGAAAACAGAAUAAAAUAGAUAUUUAAGUUGGGCUCUCAUACAACAAACGUAAUUUUUUUGUCGUUUUUGGCGCAAUGGUACGGAAUCCUUCG